AGCAGCGCUGUGAUGGUUCAAAGAUUCCCAGCGCCGGCGCUCACGAGGACUCGGCAGCUCUCCGAGGGCCACCAGCCUGCACGCGACCAGACGAGAGAUGGUUCACAGGGGUACCCUGCGCCUGAUUCACUGAAGAUUAUUGGAAGGCCUUGGGCGAUACCUGAUCUCUUUGGAUUUUUGAGUGUACACCUGAUGCCAUGCCUGCUAUAAAAGCUGCAGUAGCGCUGCUGAGGUGUGCGUUCCUCUUUCUCUGCGUGACUGUUAGCUUGGGCCAGCCUGACUGCACCGGCGCCGAGUGUCCUCAGCUGGACAACUGCAUUGAAGAAGUGCUGGAGGGCGCCAGCUGUUGUGCCUCGUGCCUACAAAAGGGCUGCACGUGCGAGGGCUACCAGUACUAUGAUUGCGUCAACGCCGGAUUUAAGAAUGGAAAGGUGGCCGAGGGCGAGUCCUACUUUGUAGACUACGGCAGCACGGAGUGCUCCUGCCCCGUGGGUGGAGGCCGGAUCAGCUGCUACUUCAACAGCUGCCCAGAUAUGCCUCCUAACUGCAUCGACGCGUUGGAGCCGGUCAACGGCUGCGUGCAGUGCGAGCGCAUCGGGUGCGUCCAUGACGGGCAAAAGUACGAUGCCGGGCACUCUUUCCACGUUGACCCCUGCCGGGUCUGCCACUGCCCAAGCAAGGGAGGAAAGCUAAAGUGCUACCCUGUGCCAGACUGUGACCCGCACCAAGUCCAUAAACCAAUGUUUGCUGCACCAACAGGAGAGGACACGUCUAGCAGGCCCAACAGUUACCCCUACAGGUUUGACCAAUUGGAUCAACUCAUGCCACCGCAACACCUUCCCCCCAAUGGGAAUCUUCCUCUUUUCAAACCAAUGCCAUUGGAUAAGGACGAUCCAGAAGAGUAUGAUUACGGUGGUACGGCCUUCCCAGACCCCUACCUUCAGUCCUUGGUCUUCCCCACCCAUUCCUCCACCUCCAAGCAGGUCAUCUCUGUGUCUCGAGGCUCUGAGAGACCUGACCAAACAUCUCCCCUCCAGAGCUUUGAAAGACAUAGCAAGCUGGAACUAAGGGAGCGACACAGAGUCCAUGUCAAUCCUGCUGGCAGAGAGGACCAAAAAGAGAUCCCCCUGAGAGCUGAGCAAGGCACCAUUAGGCCCCAUGUGCACACUACUUCUUUGCAACCCUUGCAGGGUCCAACAAGUGCGCAAGGUCUUUUGUUCAGUGACCAGACAACACAGAAAAAUUCAGAGAAUCCAUUGCACGCACUCAAGGGUGUCAUUUUUCCACUGAACCGAGGAUUGGGGAGUGAAAAACAUUCAGAGUAUCCUCAAAAGCACCCAGUUCAUCAUCAUCUGAGAAGCUCUGAGAUGAAGACACACCACCAAAAUGCAUCAGAUAGUGUGACACCCAGUCGUGCAGGGACUCUGAUGAACAUUAGUCAUCCAGCGAGAGGUACGGACACUCAAAACAAUCAGCAGAGAUCAUCAGAUACAGAGGAUUUUCCGCUGUACAUGUCGAAAAGCCCAGACAGCCCAAUCCAUCCCCAGGCAAGUUCAAACGGUCAAAAAGAUUUACAGGGGACGGUCCUAUCAGCCGUGGAGGAAGAAAUGGAGGAAAAAAUGGAGGAAGAAAUGGAGGAAGAAACGGAGGAAGAAAUGGAGGAAGAGGUUAUGGAAGAGGCAGAGGAAGAUUUGGUAGCAUUUCAUGGUGUCACCGAGCCUGAAGAAAGAGAAGUUCUCUUCCAGACAAAGUCGGCACAACAAGAGAAAAGCAGUGCGGAGUCAGAAAGCAGCAAUCUAACAGCCCUUUACCCAGAGGCAACACCUGAGCCCAGCACCAGCUCCCCCUGGAGGCCUGAGUACCCGACACCCCCCGCGUCCCUGUACGUUACCACUUCCCAGCCGCCAGCGAGGGUCAAGCUGAGUAAGAGCGAGCCCACCACAAGGCCAGAUCAGAGACUGUUUAAACUGCCCGUUGCAGACCAGGUGGAGGUGACAGAGCCAGAGGAGGGCAGGAAUGACUCAACUGUUUUGCUCGUCAAACCGGAUGGGGGUUCCGGGGCCUCCGUUGAAGGGCAGCUGCAGAGCUGCUGUGCUGCCGGCCAGAAAUGGGCCUCGGAAAACGGCCACUGCAACCACACGGCGCUGCUGAGCCAGGACGUAUGCGGUGUUGCAUGGAAGCAGUGCUGCCUGAGCUCCGUAAAGGAGAGCCAGUGUGAACUGGGCAUGGCGUCGGCCCGAGGGGGGGACACCUGUGUAGUGGAGAAGGAGCACCAGUGCACAGAGGACUCUUACCAGGUGUGCUGCAGCUGCUGUGCCCUCGGCUUGCGCCUGCGCAGUCGAGGAAGGGGCUGUGACGCCCACCGCUACCUGGGCUACCCGUGCGGGCACGUCUUCCUCACCUGCUGCGAGGAGGAGGAGGAGGAGGUGGAGAGUCAGAUCCCGCUGAGGAGGAAGCUGAAGCCCGGGCCGACGUCUACGCCUAGUAAAGUCUCGGACAGGAAGUUCCCCAACCAGGCCUUGUCAAUCGGCGUCUUGGAUGAAAGCGCCAACGCAGUGGGGGAGCUGGAGGACGUGGACGAGUGCCGGCUCUACGCGGGCCAGCUGUGCCAGCACACGUGCACCAACGUCUGGGGCUCCUACCGAUGUGGCUGCCACCGGGGCUACGUCCUCCAGCGGGACGGACACUCUUGCGCCCCAGUGAGUCCCGAUGAGGACAAUGGAGUCCCAGAGUACGGCCCCGCUGUGGUCCCAACCCAAGGAGCCUCACCCGGAGGGACCACUCCCAGCCUCGCCCGCCUCAACCCAUGUGCAGAAAACGGGCCCUGCGGUCAGCGGUGCGCGGCGGCGGCGGGCCGGGCCAACUGCUCCUGCUUCCCGGGGUUCUCCCUGAAGGCGGACGGACGCGCGUGUGAAGACGUGGACGAGUGUGCAACCAGCACCCACGGGUGCCGGCCCGGUGAGCGCUGCGUGAACACGGCGGGCUCGUUUGUAUGCAAGCAACGGGUCGUCUGUCCUGUCGGCUACCAGCCGAGGAACAGCGUUUGCGAGGACGCGGAUGAAUGCUCCCUGCGGAUCCACAAUUGCGGCGCCGGCUUUGUGUGCGAGAACACGGCCGGGUCGUUCCUCUGCAAACCCCGGCACAAGUGCAUCAGCGGCUUCACGCAGGACCCCCAUGGAAACUGUGUCGACGUGAAUGAGUGCAGCAGCCUGAGUGAGCCGUGCAGCUCGGGCUUUAACUGUGUCAACACGGUGGGCUCCUACACGUGCCAGCAGAAGGUCAUCAUGUGCAGCCACGGCCACCACGUCAGCCCCGACGGAGCCCGCUGUGUCGACGUUGAUGAGUGUCAGACGGGGACGCACCGCUGUGGAGCGGGACAGAUCUGUCACAACCUCCCUGGCAGCUACCGCUGCGUCUGUCAGACGGGCUUCCAGUACGACGCCCUGCGCAAGGCCUGCACAGAUGUGAAUGAGUGCUGGCGCCAGACCGGCCGGCUGUGCGCCCAGACCUGCGAAAACACGCCGGGCUCCUACCGCUGCUCGUGCACAGCCGGCUUCUCGCUCGCACCCGAUGGCAAGAACUGUGAAGACGUAAACGAGUGUGACCAAAGUCCCUGCAGCCAGGAAUGUGCCAACAUCUACAGCUCGUACCAAUGCUACUGUCGCCAAGGCUACUUCCUGAAAGAGGACGGACACACCUGUGAAGACAUCGACGAGUGCUCUCAGAGCCUCGGGAACCAUUGUACCUUUAAGUGUGUUAACGUCGCUGGCAGCUACCAGUGCGCCUGUCCUCCUCGUGGAUACGUCCUGUCUGCUAAUGGACGCACCUGCAAAGAUGUGGACGAAUGCUCAGCUGGUUCCCACAACUGUUCAUUAGGACAGACCUGCUAUAACCUCCAUGGGGGGUUCAGAUGUCUCUCCUUGGACUGCCCUCACAACUACAAGAAGGUGUCCGACAACCGCUGCGAGCGGACCAACUGCCCCAGCAACUCCUUAGACUGCCAGAAGGCGCCGGUCCGCAUCACGCACUACCAGCUCAGCUUCCAGACCAACAUCAUCGUCCCCGCCCAGAUCUUCCGAAUCGGACCGUCCCCCGCUUACUCCGGCGACCACGUCGUCAUCAGCGUCGUCAAAGGCAACAAGGAGGGCUACUUUAGCACCCGAAAGCUCAACGGCUUCAUGGGCGCCGUCUACCUGCAGAGACAAGUCCGCCAGCCCAAAGACUUCCUGAUAGAUGUGGAGAUGAAGCUGCUGAGACAGGGGACAGUCACCUCCUUCCUGGCCAGGAUCUAUGUCUUCAUCACAGCCAGCGCCAUGUAACAUCAGGGGACACUCAAAGGGGGGAGAGGGUUUCGGUGCUAUUUUUGUAACGCCUCCCUUCACUCAAACACAUUCACAAAUCUUCAGUCAAUUGUUGCCAGAGACCUUAUCGCGUGUCUUGACUUCAGAAGGUUGUCUUCAUUGCCUCCUCAGAGUUCAUCUAUCAAAGUGUUUUUAUCCUUUGGACUUGUUAAUGCCCCACCAUUCUGUAGUCUGAGUCUGCCCAGCGAUUGGAGGCGCGCUGCUGCACAGGUUACUGCACAGGUCUGGGGUGGUGUUUAGCGCGUUGUCUUGCUCUUUAACCUCCAUAUGUAAAUGUUCUGAAGAAGGUUCUGAAGAAAGUAACACUAGAAGUUAUAAGGCAUAACUACUGAAUGUGCGAGGCCAGCCGAAAACAAGAAUAAAUGAAUUAAAUAGUAAUCAAAUAAUUAUGUAUUUUAAAUAUUGUUGUCUCUCUUCAUUCAGUUGGUUAGAAAAAUCAAAAUGAAUAAAUUAAAUAUAUUUUUUCACAUGACCUAAUUCGGUAGCUAUUUUUCAACUUUUAUAAUUUGCUCAAACAGCAUUUUGCGUGAGUGUUUGUUUGUCUGUUAGAAACAGGAGUAAACAUAACAAAUAUUAUUCCAUCAGCUGAUUGGUGCUGCAUCUCGUUUCAUUCAUAUGAUGUAUUCAUUUAGAUCUGUUUUUACUUUUGUUCCAUUUGGGCCUCCAUAGCCACCACCCACAUUUGUUUAUGUAUUUAUAGAAAAGUAGCAACUUUCUUAAAAUAGUUUCUUUUGUUAUUUGAUGUGCAUUUUUUAAGAUUUAAUCUGGAUGGAAGGGUAAUUCAGUUCAAUCCACUUGACAAAAAAACAUGAACCAUUCAUAUAGCACUGAGAAUAAAAUGUAGCGUAACUGUUGAUUAUUUUAUUAACUGUCAUAUUCCUUCCUUUCUUACUGGAUGGAUCACUCUGUGUUACUGUAUCAUAACAUCUCAGGGUUAAAAUCAGUCAUGUAUCCACUACACACAUAUCUGUGCAGCCUGCAGGAAUUCUUCAUGCCGUUGUACCUUCAGACAGGCCUCACACUACAUUGUAUCUAUAAACCCAUCAACAAAUCAUCAUCAAACUGGUAUUUUCCUAACAACUGAAGAGUAUUUUGGAAACAUCUUAUAUCUUCUGCAUAUGCAUAAUAAGAUUUGACAGUGUUUCAUGAAAAAGUAUAAUCUUAUGAGCAGUCUAGAAUACAAAUGAUCAUAGAUGGGGUCGAUGGUGGCGGAUGGAGUAGUGUGAUGCGCUGGGAGCCACAAGGUUGGUGGUUUGAAUCCUGGCUGCCCCAUGUGCCAUGUUCAAGUGUCUCUGAGCAAGACACCCAACCCCUAAUUGCUCCCUUGGCAAAAUGUAACCCAUGGGUUAAAAUGCAAUGUAAGUCGCUUUGGAUAAAAGCGUGUUCCUCCGUGACCCAGGAGUGUCAACAGAGGGUGUAUUGGAACAUAGAUACUCACGCUUUCUGUAGCAAUGACACAAUGUAAUUUGUUCAGCAUCUUUCUCUGAUUUGAAACAAGAGGACCAUUUUGCACUGAGCAACAUAUUUGUUAAUGACUAUGAAUGGACAUGAAGGUCACACACAGAGCCAGCUAUGUUUCAAUAUAUCAGACAAAAUCAUGUUUUAACUACGCCCCAUGAUGGAAUGUAUAAAACUUGUGUUUGUUCUUCAUUCAUGGUGCUCGAGCUGCAGCAAACUGCACUGUGAAAGUUCAGUGUCCCUCAAUAGAGAAUCACUCUGUGUCACAACCUCUAUUUUUUAUUAAA